AUGGCGACCGUGACAGGACCCUCUAUUACAGGUAUGGAAAAAACCAAGAAAGCCUUAGCUCUACAAAGAACAGCUUUUAUGAGGAUCUAUGAUAAGUUGAAAGAAGAUUUCUCCAAAGAAAAAUGCGAUAUCCUAGAAAUACAGAGUAGCAUCAAAGUCUUGGAUGAAAUAAUGCUUCAAGUAUCUGAACUGAGUCAACUCAUGAUUGAUCUAAUGUUGGAUGCAGGAGAAGAAGAAGCGAAUAUGAAUGCAGUGGAAUUGAUGAAUACGAUGAGUUCUCAAUAUCACAAGAUAAAAUGUAGUUUCGAUAAGUUAAUAUGUCAAGGCAGUGUCUCCAAGAAAUCAGAAUCCAGAAGCAAAUUGAAGAUUCCGAAACUUCAAUUCAGACAGUUUGGUGGUGAAACGAAAGAUUGGCUUGGAUUUUGGAAUCAAUUCAGCAGAAUUGAUGAAGAUUCUGAUAUAGAAGAGGAGGAUAAACUACAAUAUUUAGUUCAAGCUACCACACCAGGCUCUCGAGCUAGACAAAUUGUGGAAAGUUACCCUGCUUCUAAAGGUAACUAUGUAAAAGCAGUGGAUAGUUUGAAACAAAGAUUUGGAAGAGAAGAUUUGUUAAUAGAAGUUUAUGUCCGAGAACUUCUCAAGCUAGUUUUGAUGAAUCUGAAUACCAAAAAUAAACUAUCAACAUUUUUUGACAAAAUUGAAUCACAAUUGAGAGCAUUAGAAAGUCUGGGUGUAAAAUCAGAUACCUGCUCUGCGAUGCUAUACCCUUUGGUUGAAUCAUCCCUAGGAGAAGAUUUAAUACGAGCAUGGCAUAGAAGUCAGUUCUAUUCAUCAGAGUGCAGUUUGAAGAAGCGUCUUGAUGCUCUCAUGAAUUUUCUCAGAGAAGAAGUGAUGAACGAAGACAGAAUUCAUCUCGCGGUGUCCAGUUUCAAAGACAGACAAAAGCCUGAAGAUAGGAGCAUACGUACUAGUUCAAAUGUACCCACUGCUUCUGAAUUGUACAACAAAGGAGUUCCACGAUGUGUGUUUUGCAAAAAUUCACAUUCAACUGAUCAAUGUAAGGAAGUGUUGAAACUCAGUUUUGCAGAAGGGAAACAGAAAUUGUCAGAAAAUGCUUGUUGCCACCUAUGCACCAAAUUUGGUCAUAUAGCUCGAAGAUCCCGCUCUCGAGAACAAUGCCAUAGAUGUCAAGGUAGAUAUUGUGUUAUUAUGUGUCCCAAAAACGAUGUCGAGUCAUCAUCGAGUCCUAAUGAUAGGAAUUUUAAACAGCCAAACUUAAAAAUUGAUGAACACAGUCUGUCCAACCACACUUUUCCCGAAAUUUUUUUGCAAACCAUAAUAGUAGAACUGAGGGGGGACAAAGAAUGUCGCCGAGUAAGACUCUUGAUCGAUACUGGAUCCCACAAGUCAUAUAUUACAAGAAAAAUUGCCGAAGAGAUGGGGUACCCUCCAGUUCGAGAAGAACAGCUAGUACAUUCACUUUUUGGAGGAACCCAAACUGAAUCUGUGAGUCAUAGAUGCUUCAGAAUUUCUCUACAUAGUCUUACUGAAGACUACUGUUGCAACUUCGAAGUUUUGGAUCAACCAUUGAUUUGCAACCACGUAAGCUCAGUGAAAAGGGGACCUUGGCUGGAUGAACUGAAACAAAUGGGAGUAGAAAUUACUGAUACUACAGAUGGGCCAAUUGAUGUUUUGGUUGGUGCCGACAUAGCCGGAAAACUUUUUUCCGGACGUAAACAAGAUUUGGAUUGUGGACUUGUAGCGGUUCAUACAUUACUAGGUUGGACACUCAUGGGAAAACUGAAAUCAGAAUACUCAUCUAAGACAUCCCUUCUAGUAACUUCAAUGUUUUCGAAAAAUGUGGCCAUAUGUGACUUAUGGAAUCUAGAUGUCCUUGGUAUUCAAGCUCCUGAAAGAUCUGAAUCACAACGGGAACAAGAAAAACUUGUUAUGGAACAUUUUCUAACAACAGUUAAACGAAGAGAUGACAGGCGAUAUGAAGUGUGUAUGCCUUGGAUUGAAGGUCAUCCCCCUUUAUCGUCCAAUUUCGAUUUAUCCUAUAAAAGACUCCUCCACACUGUGAAAAAGUUGAAAAAGGAUAAUUUCUACAACGUCUACGAUAGCGUCUUCGACAAUUGGUUAGCUGAAGGAGUUAUAGAAUGUUCGUCAGAAAAUGAACCUCUUGAAACAUCAUCUCAGUCUGGUCAUUUUUUACCUCAUCAUCCAGUAUAUAAGCCCAGUAGUACCACAACACCUGUACGUCCAGUUUUUGAUGCUUCGUCAGGAGCAAAGAAUCAACCAUCUUUGAAUCAGUGCCUUGAGAAAGGAAUCAACCUCAUUGAAUUAAUUCCAUCUAUGAUUCUACGUUUCCGCUUGGAUAAGAUAGGAAUCACAGCUGAUAUAAGAAAGGCAUUUCUUCAGAUUGGAUUACAAGAAACUUUCUAA